CUGCAAGUUUGAAGCAGCAAGAAAUCGAAGUAGAGCGAUCAGAGCGCUGUUUCUUGGGCUGUCGAAAGCUUCUCCCUAGUCAACAGGGGUCACUCGUCCUAGCGAGCUGCAGUCCAAGAACGAUGUCGAACCUGGACGUGUCUCUGGAUGACCUGAUCAAGAAGAACAAGACUGGAGCGCGGGGCGGCGCACGGGGCGGCAGGGGUGGAGGAAGAGGGGGGGCGGGCAGGACAGGAACAGACAAUCCUUAUGGUGGGGGACGGUCGGGCCCUGUCAGGAGGGCAAACACUCGCGCAGCUUUUCGGGCGGCCCCUUAUGCUAGACAGCCUGCUGCACCUGCCGGAGACGUGUGGGCUCAUGACCUAUACCAGGAGGGACCAGCAUAUGCUCCGGGAGCGAGGCCAAUGGAGAUCCAGACAGGGACCAAGCUUUUUAUUUCCAACCUCGACUACAAUGUUUCUAACGAUGAUGUCAAGGAGCUCUUCGGCGAGCUCGGCGACCUGAAGCGGAGUGAGAUCAACUUCGACAAGAGCGGACGCUCAAAGGGCACUGCGGAGGUGGUCUUUGCCAGGAAGCAGGAUGCAAUGAAGGCCGUCACGCGGUAUGACGGAGUCGCACUCGACGGGAAACCGAUGAAGAUUGAAAUUGUUGGGACCAACCUCCCCCGGAUUGCGGUUGCGGCGCGCACUGUGGCCCCGGGGCAGGAGUUUGGGCGGGGUGGCGGAUUCGCUGGCAGAGGCUUCCCUAUGCGAGGUCGGGGCACGUAUGUUGCACGAGGUGGCAGGAAUCCUAGGGGCCGGGGAGGCGCGGCGCGGGGCGGCCGAGGGGGGCGGGGAGCCAAGCCCCAGGAUACUCGGGACCCCGCGGAGAUCCAAAAGGAACUUGACGCAGAGCUAGACAAGUACCAUCAACAGCAGGCUGAGGACAUGGCGGAAUAGAAACGUUUCGUUGGAAGUAUCGAUCUGUCACGGGGCUAUUCUCAGCCUUCCAGCUAAUUUAGGAUCGUUCAAGCCUUGUAAUCUUCCAGAACCCUGGUUAGGUUUGGUUGCCUUGACAUUGUUCAAUGUAUCCUACAUGUUCUGGUGGCAAUCCAGCUGCCUUGUAUACUUGCCCCUUGAGAAAGCGUUUCACUUUGAUGUCAAGUGAACGGUUGAACUGUUCUUCCAACCCUUGGCAUGUUGUCAGGACGAAGCCUCAUGACCAAAGCAGUUUUUUGAAACAAUGCGCUUACUCCUUGAAACCUCAUUGGGGCCCCGUACCCAUGGCUCGCUUUGACAAUACACGAGAUCGAUUCGGUUGA